AUGACAGACUUCAAAUCCCGGGUUCUGUACAAUCUCAAACAAGAUCCCGGCCUACCAGUCUCCAACCCCUCGUCAGCCUUCUGGCAGAGCCCCCCGCACGCACUGGCCAACACUCAAUCUGCCCAUCUACCGGAGCGGGUCGACAUCGCCAUCAUCGGCUCAGGAAUAACAGGGUGCAGCAUAGCAAGAAGUCUGUUGGGGAGCACCGACCAAAACACCACCGUCGCAGUCUUCGAAGCCCGGAGUCUCUGCAGCGGCGCCACGGGUCGGAAUGGCGGCCAUCUCGUGUCGGGGGCGGUGCACGAUUUCGCAGGCUUGAAGGCUGCAUUUGGCGAGGAGCAGGCUGCCAAAGCGGCGCGGUUUACUUUUCGAAAUAUCGAGCGCGUGUGGCAGGUUGUGCGGGAGGAAUUGGAUCCUCAUACUCGAGAGGCGAGUGAGAUCCGUGCCGUGACGAGUACCCUCAAUUUCACGGAUAAGCGGGCCUGGGAGGAAUAUAAGUGGUCGGUGGCCGAGUUUAAUGCUGCUGUUCCCGAGUUGGCGGGCAUGGUCAAGUUAAUUGAUGGGAGAGAGGCUGUCGAGACGCUCAAGUUUACGUCCUCUGUGGGCGCUGCCCAACAGCCCGCCGGGGCGAUGUGGCCCUACCGACUUAUCACGGGGAUCUUCGUCGCUCUGGUCAAGAAAUACUCGGCGCGGUUCACGAUCGAAACCAACACGCCCGUCACGGGGGUGACGUAUAACGCGGAGGAAGGGGAAUACACACUCAGCACUCCGCGCGGGAGCGUCCGAGCCCGGCGGGUGGUUCACUGCACAAACGCAUUCGCUUCACACCUGCUUCCCUCGCUGCGAGGCCGGCUGUUCCCCCUGCGCGGCACGAUGACGGUGCAAGAACGGCCGCCCGCGUUCCCCAACGACGGAGCGACGCGCUCGUGGAGUUUCGCUUCCAACCCGACGUUCGACGCGCGAUCAGGCCUGUUUUCAUACGGACUGUACUAUAUGACGCAGAACGCUGCCACAGGCGACCUCUUCCUCGGCGGGGAGAGACAGCGGGUCGACCAGCUGCUCGUCGCGGACGAUAGUGUUAUUGGGGAUCUCCCCGCCCAGAAUCUGCGCAGUCUUCUCCCGCGCUUGUUCUCGAACGGAGGGGCUCAUCGCAAGCAACCGCCGGCCACUCGACAGGCGUGGUCGGGCAUUAUGGGGUUCACGGCAGACUCGAUGCCGGUGGUUGGACGGCUGGAGGAGGAAUGGACAGGACGCGCAGGAUCCGAGGAGUGGAUCGCCGCCGGAUUCAACGGGUUCGGAAUGGAUAAGUGCUGGCUGACGGGAGAGGCGGUUGCCGCGAUGAUGAUCGGCGAGUCUGUUGACGAGUGGCUGCCUGACGUGUAUCGCAUUCGAAAGGCGAGGUUCCUAGACGGCUGUGAGGAGAGGGUGUGGGAGACGUUUGGCGGUGCAUCUCAAGAAGCAGUGAAGAGUAGGAUCUAA